AUGGUCAUCAGGAUAUACAAGAAAGACGCUAGUCCACCAGCCAGGGCUGUCUUGAUGGCUGCAGAGAUCAUCAACUUGAAGUGCGAAAUCCAAGAUGUCGACUUAUCAUCAGGACCACACCUUUCUCCAGAAUAUCUUGAGAAGAACACUCUACAUUCAGUACCAUUCUUAGAAGAUGGUGAUUUCUACCUGGCUGAUAGUCAUGCCAUCAUCACAUAUUUAGUAUCGAAAUAUGGUGCUGAACACCGAUCGAAGUGGUACCCUUGUGAUUUGAGUGUAAGAGCGACUGUGGACCAGCGAAUGUAUUUUGAUACUUCUGAUUUAUUUCCUCAUAUUAAGAAUAUUGUAAGUGUGAUUGUGACGCAAGGAGUAGGUCCAGAUGCUGAACAGAUAAAGGCAAUUAAUGCUGGUUAUGAAGUCUUGGACAAAUAUUUGCAGAAGACGAAAUUUGUGGCAGCCAAUCAUAUGACUCUAGCUGAUGUGUCGUGUGUGGCGAGUGUGUCUUCUCUAAAUGUCCUGUCGAUAGCAGGUAUGCUUAUCUCCUCAAAUGGUGGAAUACGCUGA